AGGAAGCGGAAGUAGCAGUUGUUUUCGUUGACGAUUGUGAUGGUGAAGACGGAUAGUCUUCACCACGGCAAAUCUCCAGUUCCUGGUUUGAAGUGGAUUAAAAAAAGUGGAGCUGAAAAACAUCAGAGGAGCAGGAUAAUACCGGGCGAAGAUUAAGCUUCCAUUAAAGAUGUCUGCCUCGAAAGUGUUGUCUGAAGGAGGCUCCUUUUUUAAGGGGAUGUUGAUGGGAGGAAUCUUUUGCCUGGUGCUGUCGCUCUUGGCCAGUUUCAGCCCCAUCUCGAUCUCCGGGACGGAGGAGCAUCAUCAUCAGCACCAGCAUCAUCACGUCCAGGCUCCGAGCAAAGACGAGCUGAAGAGCAUUUCUGACGCCGACAUGCAGCAGCUGAAUGAGGAGCUCCGAGUGUACUGCGUCAUCAUGGUCCAGCCAAAAGCUCUGGUCUACUGGGCCGCAGCUCUGGACACCUGGAGCAAACACUGUGACAAGGCGGUCUUCUACACUUCAGAGAACUCAAAGGCUUUGGACGCCGUGGACCUGAAUGAAAAGGACGAUUGGGCCAGGUUACGCAAAGCUCUAAAGCAUGCGUACAAACACGCCGGAAACCUGCGGUGGUUCUUUGUGGCCCAGCCCACAACGUUUGCGAUCAUCGAGAACUUAAAAUACCUGCUGCUCACCAAAGACCCCAACGACCCCUUCUACAUGGGGAACCUGAUGAAGUCCGGAGAGCUGGAGUACGUGUCCUUUGACAGUGGCAUCGUCCUCAGCUAUGAAGCUCUGAGGAGGCUGGUGAACACGUUUGAGGACGAGGCCAAGUGUCCGGAACGGGGACGAGCGCUGUGGAAGCUGAGCGAUGACAAGCAGUUGGCCGCCUGUCUCAAAUACACCGGCGUGUUCGCGGAGAACGGAGAAGACGCCAACGGGAAAGGGCUGUUCAACAGUCAGAGUGUGUACCGCAUGAUCACGGACAGCAUGAAGGACAACCCCAACAACGUCGUUGAGGGCUGCUGCUCUGACAUGGCCGUUACCUACAGCGGGAUGACGCCCAACCAGAUGCAGGUCAUGAUGUUUGGCGUCUACAGACUGCGUCCGUACGGACACGAUUUUCACGACGUGUUAGCGUUUUAUCCUCCCAAAGAUUCGGACAACGAUUAAAGACUGUAUCCUGGAGGGGGGGAAAAAAGGAACAUAGGGUUUUAAUGUUAUGGGAGUGGGUGUUUUUAAGCUUUGGGUACAAAUGUGAUUAUGAGUGACGAAAAGAGUUUUACGAAGAUUUGUAUUUUUGCACAUGACACAAUAAGCCUAGAGUUUUCGGGUGGUGAAGGUUUCAAAACUGACUGGCACAUAUUUUUGUCCCUAUGAAGGAAAGAAAAAUAAUCUGGGAAGCUGAUCAACUGACAAACUGUGACACAGAAAAAGACAUGACAUAUUCCAAUAGUUUCAGAUCCAUAUCUGGUAUCUUCCGUGUGGCCCACAUGUUUCUCACAUUAUGUAGGGCCAUACAAACCUGUCUUUUAGUUUCAUCGAGUUAUUAGUGUCACUCUUCUUCGGUUAAACCAAAAGAAACACAAACACCAUAAAUUUGGUCCACCAUGCCCUGUGUCACACACGUCGGCCAAACCUUUGUUUGGUUUAACGCAGGAAACGAUGUGGCCCACACCCUAGGUACCAGAUUUGGAAACUGUUCAGCUACGUUCCAUUGUCUUGACCGGUUUUGUGGAAAUAAGUCUGGGUGAUUUUUCUGGAAUGCUUUGAUUAAAUUAAAACAAUUUUGUAUCUUUAAA